AUGAAUGUACUACGAAGCGAACCAAGCGCAAGAUAUGCGAUGAACAGUCUACAACAGAAUCGACUUUCUUUAACCAUGAAGGUUGAUAAUAUAGUCCAUCAGAUCGAUAGUAAUCUACUACGCCCCGGAUAUGGAUGGCAGGAGCUCCUCGCUCAGCUUAUUAUACUCAGGACUGUUGUUAUUAUUUCUCUUGUUCGCUUUUACCGGCUGCGCGCACUGAAGUCUUUCGGGUUCAUUUUGCAAGCUUCUUGCCGCCGAGCCUCUUGCAAUUGGUUGUCAUCUAUUAGCUGCUCUGCGACUUGUUCAUGA